CCAGGUCGCUAGCCCUUGAACCCGCCUCGCCGAUGAUGAAUGGGACGGCCAACGUGAACCCGCCUGGCCGAAGCCACUAUGCCUCCGCCAUUCCAGUGCCUCGCACCAUGUCCCAGAGCAAGCUGCAUGCCAUGGCAGCAUCACCCAGGCUACCCUUACAGCAGAGCAGCCUGGGCACUGCCCCCUCCCCACGGGCUUCGCCACCAUGGCCAGGAAAGGCACCAACCAACAUUACCACCCCAGCCUCCAAAGGCCCUAAGCAGAAGAGUGCUGCCAAAGCCCCCAUGAGCACUGGGGCUGGCCCUGACAAGGCAGAGCCACCCGAGUCCAAAGGGCCAGAUGCUGAGUCUGGCCUCAGCCAGGUCACGUCACCCUCAAGCAGCAGCUCCCCAGGGGUGCAGAAGGUGACACUGAGAGCCUCUGGGGUGCCUAGGAAGUUGCAAGUGCAAGGAACAGAGAGAGACAAGGACAGCUCAAAGGCUGGGGAGGUGCCUAGCAGCCACAGCACCAAGAAGGGCUUGGGGAGACCCAGUGGCCCUGCUGAACUGCCCAAGACACCUCAGCUGCAAGGGAAGAGCCCCUCCCGCUUCAGCCUGCACAGUGAGAGUGGGCUGCCUGGGCCCCAGGACACACUCAGUGCUAAGAGGCCGCAGAGCUGCCCCCUGAAGGGCCAGUGGGCAUCAGAAGUGACCUGGAAAGGCAGUGGGGUGCCCAAGCCCUGUGCAAGGGAGGACAGGCCCCCGGUGAGCUCCUUGGACACCAGCAGCUUGGCACCGAAUAAAGGGCCAGCAUUACACUCUGGGGCCAUCAGCUUCUCCACAGCCCCACAGCAGAGUCACCCUGUCACCGCCACUGUGGCGCCCUUCCACUACCGGCUGCAGGGGGACAGGGAAAGAAGUGAGCCCUCCCCAGAGGAGCACCCACAGACCAGCCCUGCAGAGGGGCCUGAACCCCACUUCCGAGGCUUGAACCCUGAGUCCCAGAGGAAGAGAACGGUGCAGAAUGUGCUGGACCUUCGGCAGAACCUGGAGGAAACCAUGUCCAGCCUGAGAGGCUCCCAGGUGUCUCACAGCUCCCUGGAGAUGACCUGCUAUGACAGCGAUGAGGCGAACGCCAGGAGUGUGUCCAGCCUGUCCAACCGCUCCUCCCCACUGUCCUGGCGCUAUGGGCAAUCCAGCCCUCGCCUGCAGGCUGGAGAUGCUCCCUCUGUGGGUGGGAGCUGCCGCUCAGAGGGCACCCCCAGUUGGUACAUGCAUGGGGAGCGUGCACACUACUCCCACACCAUGCCCAUGCGCAGCCCCAGUAAGCUGAGCCACAUCUCCCGGCUGGAGCUUGUCGAAUCACUGGAUGCUGAUGACGUGGAUCUGAAGUCUGGGUACAUGAGCGACAGCGACCUGAUGGGGAAGACCCUGACAGAGGAUGAUGACAUCACCACAGGCUGGGAUGAGAGCAGCUCCAUCAGCAGCGGCCUCAGCGAUGCCUCUGACAACCUUAGCUCGGAAGAGUUCAAUGCCAGCUCCUCACUCAACUCCCUCCCGUCCACCCCCACAGGGUCCCGGAGGAACUCUGCCAUAGCGCUGCGCACGGACUCAGAGAAGCGGUCACUGGCAGAGAGCGGGCUGGGCUGGUACGGUGACACCGACGACAAGGGCCACAAGAAGCUAGACUACGAUAGCGGGAGCCUCAAGAUGGAGCACGGAUCCUCCAAGUGGCGGCGGGAGCGCUCGGAGAGCUGCGACGAGGUCCCAGCCAAGGGGGGCGAGCUGAAGAAGCCUGUCAGCUUGGGCCCACCAGGGUCCCUGAAAAAGGGCAAGACUCCCCCAGUGGCAGUGACCUCCCCCAUCACCCACACGGCUCAGAGCACUCUCAAAGUGGCAGGCAAACCUGAGGGCAAAGCCACGGACAAGAGCAAGCUGUCUGUGAAGAACACGGGCCUGCAGCGCUCUUCCUCUGAUGCCGGUCGGGACCGCAUUGGAGAUGCCAAGAAGCCUCCCUCAGGUCUUACCCGCCCCUCCACCGCUGGCUCCUUCGGCUACAAGAAGCCGGCUCCCACCACCGGCACUGCUACAGUGAUGCAGGCUGGGGGCUCAGCCACACUCGGGAAGAUCCAGAAGAGCUCUGGCAUCCCUGUCAAGCCAGUCAAUGGGAGGAAAACCAGCCUGGAUGUCUCCAAUGCUGGCGAGCCUGGCUUCCUGGCGCCUGGGGCCCGCUCCAACAUCCAGUACCGAAGCCUGCCACGGCCAGCCAAGUCCAGCUCCAUGAGCGUGACAGGCGGGCGUGGUGGGAACCGGCCUGUAAGCAGCAGCAUUGACCCCAGCCUCCUCAGCACCAAGCAAGGAGGCAUCUCAGUGUCACGCCUCAAGGAGCCCUCCAAGAUCGGCACAGGCCGGAGCACACCAGCCCCAGUGAACCAGACGGACCGGGAGAAGGAGAAGGCCAAAGCCAAGGCUGUUGCACUGGAUUCAGAGUGUGUCUCCCUGAAGAGUAUUGGCUCCCCUGAGAGCACCCCCAAAGCCCAGGCUGGCCACUCGCCUGCCACCAAGGUGGCUGAGCUGCCACCCACCCCUCUCAGGGCAGCUGCCAAGAGCUACGUGAAACCCCCUUCUCUAGCCAACUUGGACAAGGUCAACUCCAACAGCCUGGACCUUCCCUCCUCCAGUGACGUGCACCAGCCUCAUGCCAGCAAGCUGCAGGACCUGCACCCAGCAGCCGGGCACCUUGCACCCUGCUUCACCCCCAGCCCUGCCCCCAUCCUCAACAUCAACUCGGCCAGCUUCUCCCAGGGCCUGGAGUUCAUGAGUGGCUUUGCCGUCCCCAAGGAGGGAAGGAUGUACCCUAAACUCUCUGGCUUGCACCGCAGCAUGGAGUCCCUGCAGAUGCCAAUGAGCCUGCCCAGUGCCUUCUCCGGGGGCAGCACCACCACCCCUGCCCCAGCCAUGGCUCCACCCACGAGCGCAGAGGAGGAGAGCAGUGAGCUGAGCUGGAGUGGGAGCCCUAGGAUCGCACAUCUGGACAGGUACCAGAUCCCAUCCCAAGAGGAGGCCAAGGAAAGGCGACACUCGCACACCAUCGGAGGGCUCCCGGAAUCGGACAACCAAUCAGACCUGCCCUCUCCUCCCGCCCCCUCCAUUUCGCUGGUCGGGAAAGGCCCUCUCACCAAUAUCGUGAGUCCCACCGCUGCCACCACUCCGCGGAUCACCCGCUCCAACAGCAUCCCCACCCACGACUCCACCUUCGAGCUGUACAGCACCUCCCAAAUGGGCAGCACCCUCUCCCUGGCAGACAGACCCAAGGGGAUGAUCCGCUCGGGCUCCUUCCGGGACCCUGUGGACGAUGUUCAUGGAUCCGUGCUGUCCCUGGCGUCCAGCGCUUCCUCCACUUACUCCUCAGCUGAGGAAAGGAUGCAGUCCGAGCAAAUCCGCAAGCUGCGCCGGGAGCUGGAGUCAUCCCAGGAGAAGGUGGCCACCUUGACAUCCCAGCUGUCAGCCAACGCUAACCUGGUGGCAGCUUUUGAGCAGAGUCUGGUGAACAUGACAUCCCGCCUGCGACAUCUGGCUGAGACUGCGGAGGAGAAGGACACAGAGCUGCUGGACCUGCGAGAGACCAUUGACUUCCUGAAGAAGAAGAACUCGGAGGCCCAAGCUGUAAUCCAGGGAGCUCUGAGUGGGACUGAUGUCACGCCCAAAGAGCUACGCAUCAAGAGGCAGAACUCCUCAGACAGCAUCUCCAGCCUCAACAGCAUCACCAGCCACUCCAGCAUUGGCAGUGGGAAGGACGCUGAUGCCAAGAAGAAGAAGAAGAAGAGCUGGCUAAGGAGCUCAUUCAACAAGGCCUUCAGCAUCAAGAAGGGCCCAAAGUCUGCCUCGUCCUACUCUGACAUUGAGGAGAUAGCCACCCCCGACUCCUCAGCCCCAUCCUCCCCAAAGCUGCAGCAUGGCUCCACAGAGACAGCUUCACCCUCUAUCAAGUCCUCCACUUCGUCAUCUGUGGGCAUCGACACUGCCGAGCUCUUCCAGCCUCACGGGGAGGGGGAGCCAGAGAAGAAGGAGGUGUCGGAGCUGCGCUCUGAGCUGUGGGAGAAGGAGAUGAAGCUGACUGACAUUCGGCUGGAGGCUCUGAACUCUGCGCACCAGCUAGAGCAGCUCCGUGAGACCAUGCACAACAUGCAGCUGGAGGUGGAUCUCCUGAAGGCUGAAAACGACCGGCUCAAGGUGGCUCCAGGGCCCUCAUCGGUGCCAGGCUCCAUCCCAGGACAUGUCACAAGUAUGUCGGCCUCCUCAUCCCCGCAGCGCUCCUUGGGCCUCACCCUCGGUCACUCCUUCAGCCCCAGCUUGACAGAUACAGACCUAUCACCGAUGGACGCUGUCAGCGCCUGCACCCAGAAGGAUGAGAUGACACUGCGCAUUGUGGUGCGGAUGCCACCCCAGCACAUCAUCAAGGGGGACCUGAAACAGCAGGAAUUCUUCCUGGGCUGCAGCAAGGUGAGCGGGAAGGUCGACUGGAAGGUGCUGGAUGAGGCCGUCUGCCAAGUCUUUAAGGAGUACAUCACCAAGAUGGACCCUGCCUCCACCCUGGGGCUCAGCACUGAGUCUGUGCACAGCUACAGCAUCAGCCAUGUGAAGCGGGUCCUGGACAUGGAGCCCCCAGAGCUGCCUCCCUGUCGACGUGGUGUGACCAGCAUUGCUGUGACGCUCAAAGGCCUGAAGGAGAAGUGUGUGGACAGCCUGGUGUUCGAGACACUCAUCCCCAAGCCCAUGAUGCAGCACUACAUCAGCCUCCUGCUCAAGCAUCGGCGCCUCAUUCUCUCGGGGCCCAGUGGCACGGGCAAGACCUACCUGACCAACCGGCUGGCCGAGUACCUAGUGGAGCGCUCGGCUCGGGAGGUCACCGAGGGCAUCGUCAGCACCUUCAACAUGCACCAGCAGUCCUGCAAGGACCUACAGCUGUAUCUCUCCAACCUGGCCAAUCAGAUCGACCGAGAGACAGGGAUUGGGGAUGUGCCACUGGUCAUCCUCCUCGAUGACCUCAGCGAGGCUGGAUCCAUCAGUGAACUAGUGAAUGGGGCACUUACCUGCAAGUACCACAAAUGCCCUUACAUCAUUGGGACAACCAACCAGCCUGUCAAGAUGACCCCAAACCAUGGCCUCCACCUCAGCUUCAGGAUGCUGACUUUCUCAAACAACGUGGAACCAGCCAAUGGCUUUUUGGUGCGUUACUUGCGUCGGAAGCUGCUCGAGUCAGACACAGACAUCAACGCCAACAAGGAGGAGCUGCUGCGUGUGCUGGACUGGGUGCCCAAGCUCUGGUAUCACCUGCAUACGUUCCUGGAGAAGCACAGCACCUCGGACUUCCUCAUUGGCCCCUGCUUCUUCCUGUCCUGCCCCAUUGGGAUUGAAGAUUUCCGGACCUGGUUUAUCGACCUAUGGAAUAACUCUAUCAUCCCCUACCUGCAGGAGGGGGCAAAAGACGGGCUCAAGGUCCAUGGCCAAAAGGCAGCCUGGGAGGACCCUGUGGAGUGGGUCCGGGACACCCUGCCCUGGCCAUCAGCGCAGCAGGACCAGUCGAAGCUGUACCACCUGCCCCCUCCCACCAUCGGGCCCCACAGCACAGUCUCCCCCCCAGAGGAGCGGUCCGUCAAAGACACCACGCCCAGCUCCUUGGACUCUGACCCCUUGAUGGCCAUGCUGCUGAAGCUCCAGGAAGCAGCCAACUACAUCGAGUCUCCAGACCGAGAGACCAUGGUGGAUCCCAACCUGCAGUCGACUCUGUGAGGCCCCUGGGCCGUGCCGGACUGGGAAGGGGAGGGCGUUGCUGUUGGCAGCCACUGCUCCCACGGGGUUGUUUUUCUUUUCCUUUGGUAUCCCUGGAACGUGCAACCCGGGGCUGGACAGCAGAGGGGAAGCAGCACUCGGGGACUUCCCCUUAGGCACUGGGGCAGCUGGGCUCACCCCGGGAGAGCGCAAGGCUCCUGCCUCCCAUCCUGACUCUGGUGGUAGGCAAAUCCUGGUUUCUUUUCUUGGUUUUUCUGUCUCUAUUGCAAACUCCUGGUCUUUGGGGGUGGGGAGGGAAGGAUGCAGUCAGACCAGACCCCCCCAGCGCCAGGCAACCUCUUCUGCAAGAAGGACCCUGCAUGGUGGGACCCCCGCCUGGGGUGGCCCAGGGGCGGGGAGGAGCAUGUGGUUGCAGAACAAGAGAUCUGUUUUUUUAUAAUAAAACAAACAGAAACAGGGUUGGGGGGAGCAAAUCGAAGAACAAAGUCCUGGUGAACGUGUCCGAGUCGCCUGGCAGAGAGACCCAACAGGCAAAGGUGCUGCCACCAGCUCCCAACAUGUCUCCCACCAGCCACCCGGCCCGGUGCAGCACAUGUGAAGGCCUGCAAGGAAGAGGACUCUCUGCUCCGUCUCUGUGCGUCCCAUAUUUAAUCUGCAUGGCCGCCAUUUCAACCAGGACAUCCCAAUAAACCCUGCUUUGGUUCUUUAA